AUGCUCUCUCUGCUCCCGCUCCUCGUGCAUGGUCUACGAGCACCGCUGCCGCAGCGGGUGGCAUCGCGCUCGGCGGUGCCAAUGAUGCAGGAUGCGCUUGAGCAGGCUUCCGCGUCGGCGGACGCCUUCUAUUCGAUGCUCGGUGAUCUGCAGCCACCAGCUUCGCUCGCUUCGCUCAAGGACGCCAUCGCGUCUGGAGACCUGAAGAAGGUCCGCGUCGCUCAGUACAACCUCCUGAUCGACCAGACGCUGCUCUAUGACGUCGAGGGCGAGGGCGAGGGAGCGACGCUGGUCCCUACCGCUGCGAAGAUGGAGCAGGACGACCCGCUCACAAAGGAAAAGAUGCGAUAUGCGUACAGCUACGGCAUCAAGAUGUUCAUGGCCGACAUGAUCGAACAGGAGGCGCUCCAGGCCGUGGUGAUGGAGAAGCUCGCGGGCAAGGUUGGUCUGGAUGGCGCAGGCCUCGACCAGUGGCUCGACAUGCCGGCGGUCGUUUGAGACAUGGGAUCUACUCGAGUAAGUAGCAGCGCGCUCUGUCCAGGUAGGGAAGGCUGCUGCUUGUACGAUGUCUUCCAUUUUACGUAGGUCGUAGCAAGAGUAGGGCAUAUUAA